UCCCCUCAUCUUCUUUUAUUCUUCAGUCGUUGGUCUCGUGCCUACUCCUCCUUUCCUUUCGAAAGAGGAGUCGCGCCCUGGAUCUUCGGCUCGCUUUUUUAUACUAUUAUUACGUUUUCCAUAAACUUUUUUUUUAUUUUUCACUAACUUCUUCGUCUACUUCUUUCUUUUUAUGAUAACACAUUGCCAAACUACUCUCUUUGUUGACAUUUUUGGUAUCGUUGUUCCAUUUCAAUCCUCCCUAAUUCAUGACGGCUUCUUCAUCUAAGUUGGUGGUGGCGACCACCAUCGCUGCAUUUCUCCUCCUCCUUCUUGUCAUGAAUUCACCGGUUGACGCACAUGAAAAGUUUCAUAAGGGAGUAGGCGUGACGUAUGAUGCAAGAUCCCUCAUCAUCAAUGGCAAAAGAGAGCUCCUUUUCUCUGGCUCCAUUCACUAUCCUCGCAGCACGGCAGAUAUGUGGCCAAAACUUUUGGAGGAUGCUAAAAGGGGAGGCAUCAAUGUGAUCCAGACUUAUGUAUUCUGGAACAUCCAUGAGCCGGAGGAAGGCAAAUUCAAUUUUGAAGGAAGAUUUGAUUUGGUGAAGUUCAUAAAGUUGAUUGGUGAACAUGGUUUGUAUGCAACCAUUAGGCUUGGACCAUUCAUCCAAGCUGAAUGGAAUCAUGGAGGACUUCCUUACUGGUUGAGAGAGGUCCCUAACAUCAUCUUUCGUUCGUACAAUGAACCCUACAUGCAACACAUGGAGAGAUUCGUCAAAAUGAUCGUUGAGAAGCUUAGAGAUGCCAAGUUGUUUGCCAGUCAAGGAGGUCCCAUCAUUCUAGCUCAGAUUGAAAAUGAAUACAACACUGUCCAACUAGCAUAUAGAGACUUGGGCAACAAGUAUGUCCAGUGGGCUGGAAACAUGGCUGUAGGGCUCAAUAUUGGUGUCCCGUGGAUCAUGUGCAAGCAGAGGGAUGCUCCCGGUCCUGUGAUAAAUUCAUGCAACGGGAGGCAAUGUGGAGACACCUUCAGUGGUCCAAAUGCACCCAACAAACCUUCCUUGUGGACUGAGAACUGGACUGCUCAGUUCCGAGUGUUUGGUGAUCCACCAUCUCAGAGGUCCGCAGAAGAUACCGCAUUCUCGGUAGCUCGUUGGUUCUCCAAGAAUGGAAGUCUGGUUAACUACUACAUGUACCAUGGUGGAACUAAUCUUGGCAGGACUGCUGCAUCUUUUGUGACAACUCGAUACUAUGACGAGGCUCCCAUCGACGAAUUUGGUCUCGAGAGGGGACCAAAGUACGGUCACUUGAAGGAUGUACACAAAGCUCUCAAUCUAUGUAAGAAGGCUCUACUUUGGGGAUCUACGAGUGCCCCACGAUUGAACCCAGAUGUCGAGGCUCGAAUAUAUGAGCAACCUGGGACAGAUGUGUGUGCAGCUUUCCUGACCAAUAACCAUACCAGGCUUGCUCAUACUGUUAAAUUCAAAGGCCAAGAGUAUUACCUCCCUCCUCGUUCCAUCAGCAUCCUUCCUGAUUGCAAAACCGUGGUGUUGAACACUGCAACGGUACACUUACUACAAUCACAUAGAAAAAAACAUUCUUGUGCAUAUUUUGGAGACGAGGAAUCUUGACUAUUCUAGGUAUAAAAAAAUAGAUUCUGGCGCAACACAAUUCAAGGAACUUUAUAAGAUCAGCAGUCACGAACAAGCUCGAUUGGAAGAUGAUCGUUGAGGCCAUUCCAACCAACCUUAAAGUGGUAUCAUCCACUCCAAUGGAGCUCUAUUUUUUGACUAAAGAUAAGACCGACUAUGCAUGGUACACCACAACCAUAAACUUGGAUCCACGAGACUUGUCAAUGAGGAAAGACAUUCUCCCAGUUCUUAGAGUUGCAAGUUUAGGUCAUGGCAUGUUAGCAUUUGUGAAUGGCCAAUUUGUAGGAUCUGCACAUGGAAGCCAGAUCGACAAGAGCUUUGUACUCCAAAAAUCAGUAGAGUUGAAGCCUGGAAUUAACUAUAUCUCCCUUUUGGGAACCUUGAUUGGACUUCCUGAUAGUGGAGCUUACAUGGAGCACAGGUUUGCAGGGCCUCGUGGUGUUUCGAUCCUAGGAUUGAACACAGGAACACUCGAUCUAUCGCAGAACGGUUAUGGUCAACAGGUUGGUUUAGUUGGUCAGCAUGAUGAGUUGUUCACCGAUGAUGGAUCAAAGAAAGGGAAAUGGAUAGAUAUCCCAAAAGUAGGCAAAGGACCUCCCCUCACAUGGUAUAAGGCCAAGUUUGAUGCACCGGAAGGAAACGACCCUGUUGCAGUUAGCAUGUAUGGAAUGAUCAAAGGCAUGAUUUGGAUCAAUGGAGAGUCUAUUGGUCGGUACUGGAUGUCCUACAUCUCCCCUCUUGGAGAUUCAACUCAAGCCGAGUAUCUCAUUCCGAGAUCGUACCUAAAACCAAAGGAUAACCUAAUUGUGGUGUUGGAGGAAGAACCAGCACAUCCAUCGAACAUCACUAUCCUUACGGUGAAUCGUGACACAAUCUGCAGCUAUGUGUCGGAGCUUAGCCCACCGAGCGUGAGACAGUGGGAGAGGAAAGGUGACAAGUUCAAGCCAGUUGGUGCAGAAGCCAAGGUAGGAGCUCAUUUGAUGUGUCCCAUGGGGAAGAAGAUCGCCGUCGUCGAUUUUUCCAGCUAUGGUGAUCCAUAUGGCGCUUGCGGCGGGUUUUCCCAGGGGAGGUGCAGCUCGCCAGUGUCUAAACAAGUGGUUGAACAGAGUUGCUUAGGAAAGGAAGUUUGUAAUGUUCCACUGGAGAGGGGACUUUUUGAGAAGAAUGGUGAUCCUUGCCCUAACGUGAAGAAGACAUUGGCGAUUCAAGUGACCUGCCGAUAGAAGAAAGUAGAGGAGAAGAAGCCAUAAGAAUGUCAAAAUGUGAACAGACAAAAAAGAAAGAAAGAAGAGCGAGUGCCAUUAGUGAUUGCUUGUUGAAUUUUAUUGAAUGACAAGUGACAAGAUGAUAUUAGAUUGAUUGAGAGAGAGAGAGAGAGAGAGAAAUUUUGGGGUGAAAUUGGUUUCAAAAUUUCAAUGUCUUUUAAUACUUCGACGAAAAGAGAAAGAAAGAAAGGAAUAAGAAGUUAAAAAAUCCAUAUUUUUUGCAAUUUCACUUGUUAAAAUUUUGGGUAAAAUACCUUGGGUGCCACUUAAGUUUGAGAAUUGGGGUAUGCAUACCACUUAACUUUGAAUAGGGCGUCGGGUACCAAUAAACUUUAUUAUAUGUGCACCCGGUACCACUUAAGUAUACUGUUAAGUGCAUUCCGUUAAAGUUGACAGAAUAUUCUUGGAAUAUUCCAUUUUCUAAAUUUCAUAAUUAACCCUUCUACUUUUCUUUUUGUAAAAAAAUCAUUUGGACUUAUGAA